GUUUCCGGCUACCGAGGCACGAGGAUCUGUAGUUCCAACCCGGCGUGAAAAUGCGGCCUUUGACUGAAGAGGAGACCCGCGUAAUGUUUGAGAAGAUCGCGAAAUACAUCGGGGAGAAUCUUCAGCUGCUGGUCGAUAGGCCCGAUGGCACUUACUGUUUUAGGCUGCACAACGACCGAGUAUACUACGUGAGUGAGAAGAUUCUGAAGCUGGCCGCCAAUAUCUCCGGGGACAAGCUGGUGUCGCUGGGGACCUGCUUCGGAAAAUUCACUAAGACCCACAAGUUCCGGUUGCACAUCACAGCUCUGGAUUACCUUGCACCCUAUGCCAAGUAUAAAGUGUGGAUAAAGCCUGGAGCAGAGCAGUCCUUUCUGUAUGGGAACCAUGUGUUGAAAUCAGGUCUCGGUCGAAUCACUGAAAAUACUUCUCAGUACCAGGGAGUGGUGGUGUACUCCAUGGCAGAUGUCCCUUUGGGUUUUGGGGUGGCAGCAAAGUCUACACAAGACUGCAGGAAAGUAGACCCCAUGGCGAUUGUGGUAUUUCAUCAGGCAGACAUUGGGGAAUAUGUGCGGCGUGAAGAGACGUUGACUUAAAACAAAGUCAUCACAAGGACUUUUGGCUGUGCGCAAGGGCCUAGUUUUUUUUGUGCGUCUGCAUAGACUCCACCAUUAUGUUGAGUUUUGUCAACACUGGGACCGUCUUCAGGGACUUCUUAGUUUAAUAUUCUCUCUGUCACUGACAAAUGCAGGCUGGAUUCUUAUUAUACAGAAAUGGCUCAAAAAUGGGGUUUCAGAUCUUUGUGUUUGUGACUAAAUAGAAUACUCUCAUAUUUGAAUCAGAGAGCUUCUUGUUCUGAGUAACAAGUUCUAAAUCAUUGGAACUGAGGACAAGAAUAACUUAUCAUUGUUAUCUGUGAUAACACUUUGUUUUCCAAACUUAUAAUAAGAACACAAUGGAUUUUUAUGUUAUUAAUAUCAUGAAAGAUAGAUAUUACCAUAUUAGAAUAAUAGGUCACAUCUGGGAUUUUACAAAUGAAAUUUGGCUAACACAAUAAGAGCAAUUUAUUCAGCUACUUUUCUGUACAGUAAGUGCUAUGGGUGUGGAAGAAAAACUUGUAUUCAAACUCCAGUUCUCCUGCCUACCUGCUAUAUGGCUUUGGAUGAGUCAUUCAACUUUAAUAAAUUUCUUUUUCUUCUUCUGUUUAAAAAAACACAAAACUAACACAGCUUUACCUAUCUACCUAAGAAUGGCUUGUAGAAUUAGAAAUCAUGAUUGUAAAGCACCUAGCACAGCGUCUGGCAAAUGAGAGGUGUUGAAUAAAUGUUGAGUUAUUUUUA